AUGGUCACCCCACCCCAAACCACGGCGUCGAAAGUUGUUGACAUGUCAAUUAUCCUACAGUCCCAAGCCGUCCGUGCCAAUGGCCAGAUCUUCGUCUCCGGCCAGAUCCCCGCUGACGCUUCUGGAAACCUUGUCACCGGAAACAUUGGAGAGUUGACCCAGGCUUGCUGCAACAAUAUUAAGGCUAUUGUUGAAGCUGCUGGUUCCAGCGUCAACAAGAUCGUCAAGGUCAACAUGAACGCCACCUAUGAGAAGUUUUUCACUCAUAAGCCCGCUCGUAGCUGUGUUGCUGUCGCCCAGCUCCCUAAGGGUGUGCCUGUAGAGAUUGAGUGCAUCGCUCUGGAGUAA